AUGGUCGGCAUCGGCGGAGUUCUCCGGCCCUCGAGGACCGCCCAGCUCAUGGUGGCGGCCACGCUGGGCACACGGGAUGAGCAAAACCCAUUCACGGCCGAGCUUGCAGCCAUGAGCAGAGCGCUGGACGCGCUGCCGUUACAGCUCCAAUACGGCAACAUCAUGAUACUCACCAGGAACAAGGCAGCGACGCAAGCGGUCAGCCGACCACACCACCAGUCGGGACAGGAAGACAUACGGCGCAUCUAUGCCACCAUCGGCAAGUUACGUAGCAGGGGAAACAGCGUCUCGAUCGGAUGGAUUUCCACUGAGACCGUAGGAGACCUCACGCGAACAGCGAAGGGAGCAGUCAAACGAAACGCGAACCCGCAGAAGCUGCCGGUGAAAAGUCCGUACCGGGCGGCAUCAACCACGCUCGCGGUAGCGAGAAAGGGCCAAGCAGACUGCCAGACCCUACCGGACGAAGUGGGCAAAUACUCCAAGAGAAUCAACACGGCACUACCGGGAAAGCACACGCGUAGGAUAUACGAUGCGCUGACGGCAGCCCAAGCGAGAGUGCUCGAACAACUACGAACGGGGAUGAUACGACUGAAGGGUUACCUGUGCAAGAUUGGCGCAGCUGUCAAGCUCUGGAGCUCUAUCUCUUAUCAGAUUAUUUAA